GGCCACGGGACUUCCGGGCUUUGCGGCGUUCGCGCCUUUUCCUUCUACCCACCCCCCUCCGCUAAUGUCGGGUCCGCGGUGCCCCCCCGACCUCUGACCCCCCCCGCUGGAUCCUCCCGCCCCCCCCGCCAUGUUCUGGGAGCAGGCGGCCCCCACGGCGCAGGCCCUGCUGGCCCCCCCGGCCGCCCCGCCCGGCACCUUCGCGCGGGUGCCGGUGUCGACGUACGACGACCGUUCGCAGCCCUUCAGCCUGGGCGAGCGCAGCUUCGCCCGCCAGUACGCGCACGUGUACGCCGCCCGGCUGAUGGGGAUGCGGCCCAGCCUGGAGCAGCGGGCGCGGGAGAAGUGGGGGCAGGACGUGCAGGUGCGGAAGCUCUGCGAGCUGCAGGCGGGCGAGAAGUGCUGCGUGGUGGGGACGCUCUUCAAGGCGAUGCAGCUCCAGCCAUCCAUCCUGCAGGAGAUCAGCGAGGAGCACAACCUGGAGCCUCAGCCCCCCCUGCCCAAGUACAUCCACCCCUCGGAUGAGCUGAUCCUGGAGGACGAGCUGCAGCGGAUCAAGCUGGAAGGAGCCAUCGAGGUGCAGCAGCUGGUGACAGGGACCAUCCUUGCCGUGUACGGCUGCGAGCAGGACGAUGGCAAGUUCCUGGUGGAGGAUCACUGCUUCGCCAACCUGCCGCCAUCACUGCCCUGGAAAGGCCCCAGCGCGGACCGGUUCGUGCUGCUGGUGUCGGGGCUGGGGUUGGGCAGCGGCAGCGGCGAGUCCCUGCUGGGCACCCAGCUGCUGGUGGACGUGGUGACGGGGCAGCUGGGCGCCGAGGGCGGGCAGAGCUGCGCCGCCAACAUCUCCCGCGUCCUCCUGGCCGGGAACCUGCUGAGCCAGAACACCCAGAGCCGGGACACCAUCAACAAGGCCAAGUACUUGACCAAGAAGACGCAGGCGGCGAGCGUGGAGGCCGUGAAGAUGCUGGAUGAGAUCCUGCUGCAGCUUUGCACCUCUGUGCCCGUGGACGUGAUGCCCGGCGAGUUCGACCCCACCAACUACACGCUGCCGCAGCAGCCGCUGCACCGCUGCAUGCUGCCCCUGGCCAGCGCCUACGCCACGCUGCACCUCGUCACCAACCCCUACCAGGCCGACAUCGACGGUGUCAGGUUUUUGGGGACAUCGGGGCAAAAUAUCAGCGAUAUAUUCAAAUACAGCAGCAUGGACGACUACCUGGAGAUCCUGGAGUGGACGCUGCGGGCGGGACACAUCAGCCCCACGGCCCCCGACACCCUGGGCUGUUACCCCUUUUACAAAUCGGACCCUUUCAUCCUCACCACCUGCCCUCACGUCUACUUCUGCGGAAACGCUCCCCGUUUCCAGUCCAAGCUGCUCCAAGGGGACGAGGGGCAGCGGGUGCUGCUGGUGACGGUGCCGGCGUUCAGCGCCACGCAGACCGCCUGCCUGGUCAACCUGCGCGACCUCAGCUGCCAACCCAUCAGCUUCUCUGGCUUCGGGGCCGAGGACGAUGACGGGGACAUGGAGGUUGGGCACUGAGCAGGACUCUAUAAACCUUUGUGUCACCCCCGGGGGGGCUGGCACGGACCUGCCGGGGCACGGCAGAGAUGAGAUGCUCGUACCAAUAUAACUUGAUUUAUUUGUGUAAUAAAAAAACUGUGUGGAGGGGA